GGGGUUACUGCGCCAAAACCAGGGUCCGGAUUUUGUGACGUCACAGGAUCCACAGCCCUCUGACAGCAUCGACGCACUGCUGCUUUUUGGUGCUUUAAAAGUCCAAAUUAAAAAUUUUAAAGGGAAUCCCACGAUUUCUGCUCCCCCCUACCCCCUUCAACUAACCAACCGAGCUCCACCGUUGACCGGCGAGAACAAACAACCAGCGGACCGGUCGAAAAUCCCCGGGACGGUCGCAUCCACGGUAUAGAAGGGGGAGAUCGAUCUCUUUUUAUUUUUUUACAAGAAAUGGAUAUAGACAAGGACCAAGCGGAUUAAAUGAGUCGAAGUAAUCGUCAUCGAGGGGGUUCGACAAAGCGAACCUUGAAUGUCCAUUUGGUCUUUAUUACCGUCAUUUGACUGGAGAUGGGGGCUUUCGCGAGCAGACAAAACAUAGGCGUGGAAGAAGUGGAUAUUCCAUCUAAUUCGGUGUACCGUUAUCCACCGAAAUCUGGAAGUUACUUCGCCAGCCACUUCAUCAUGGGUGGAGAGAAGUUUGACUCAACCCACCCGGAAGGUUACCUGUUUGGAGAAAACACAGAUCUUAAUUUCCUCGGGACCAGACCAGUAGCGUUCCCAUACGCAGCCCCUCCACCUCAGGAACCGGUGAAGACACUACGGAGCCUUAUAAACAUCCGCAAGGACACACUGCGGCUUGUACGAUGCAGCGAGGACCUGAAAUUGCCCGGCGAUGACGAGGCGGGCAAGCAGCGGGCCUGCUACAACGUGGAGUUCACUUUCGAUGCCGACACGCAGGUGGCCAUCACCAUCUACUACCAGGCCAUAGAGGAGUUUCACAACGGCGUGCCAGUCUACUUGCCCCAGGACAGCUCUCUGCAGUCGGAGACGGUGCACUUCAAGAAGGGGGUGAGCCAGCAGUUCUGUCUUCCCUCGCACACCGUCAACCUCAGCGAGUGGGCGGACGAAGAGUUGCUGUUUGACAUGGACAGGGAGAUCUUCCCCAUGGUGGUGCAGGCCGUGGUCGACGAGGGCGACGAACAUCUGGGCCACUCUCACAUCCUGCUGGCCACGUUUGAGAAGCACAUGGAUGGCAGCUACUGUGUGAAGCCUCUGAAGCAGAAACAAGUGGUGGAUGGAGUGAGUUAUCUUCUGCAGGAGAUCUACGGGAUCGAGAACAAAUACAACAGCCAAGAAUCAAAGGUUGCCGAUGACGAAAUCAGUGACAACAGCGCAGAGUGCGUGGUGUGUCUGUCAGACGUGCGCGACACUCUCAUCCUGCCGUGCAGGCACUUGUGUCUCUGCAACGCCUGCGCCGACACGUUGCGCUAUCAAGCUAACUGCUGUCCCAUCUGCAGACUGCCCUUCAGAGCUCUGCUGCAGAUCCGAGCGAUGAGGAAGAAACUCAGUCCUUUGACGCCGACCAACUUUAACCCCGUCAUCACUUCACAGACGUCAGACUCGGAGGAACACUCGGCAUCCGAGCACAUCCCCCCGGGUUACGAGGCCGUGUCCCUGCUGGAGGCUCUCAACGGCCCCCUUGCUACAUCCUCCGUGGAGCCCCCCCUUCACUCCGGCCCCAGUCACGUGUCAGGGGCGCUGCCCACGUACGGUAGCGAAGCCCACCCGGCGGCGGCCCGUUCUAUAUCCCCUCUGGAGCACUCCAACUCAAGUCAGGGGCUCAAACUCAAGAAAAGCGGUUCCAAGUCGCUUUCCCAGAAUUCCUCAGUGCUUCCCGAGGAGGAGGAUGAGAAGUCUUGUAGUGAAUUAGAAGCUCGUCGCCACAAACUUGCGGUGGAUCCGCAGGAGUGUGGCGUCACACCAGACAGUGAAAAUCUAACUCUCUCCUCCUCCGGGGCUAUCGACCAGUCGCCGUGCACUGGAACGCCGCUCUCCUCCACUAUCACUUCCCCUGAAGACCCAGUGAGCAGCAGCCUGGCCCAGUCAGUGAUGUCCAUGGCCUCGUCCCACUCGCAGCACUCCCACAUCAGCACUGACACCAUGUCCUCCAUGUCAGGGUCCUACCUGGCUGGGGCGGACGGCGAGCCCGGGGGGGGCCAGGAGGGGCUUGACGCCCAGGGCGAGGAGAACCGGGACACCCGCAUGGAGAGCCGAGGACCCUCGCAGCUGGAAGGGACCUUUGACCUCUAUAGUCAUUUUAUUGAAUUAUCCGUGGCUGUCGAUGAGCAGGACUCUGAGGGAAAUGAUGUCACAGAAGAGGACCGCUCCUCGCCAUCCAAUGGCAAAGGUGGGCGGAGCAGGUGUCCCGAGUUGGCCAAUAACAAUCAGGGCGUGGCCCUGUGUGACACGCCCUCUUUGGGCUUGGACAAUGAGCAGGCUCCUGACGGCCGAUUUGCCGGUUUGAUGUAUCAUGGCGGCUACAGGCCCGUUUUGGACUCCACCAGCAACCGGGAGGAACAAGGGGUGGAGAACCGGGAGGGCCAGAGCCCAAAACACCCCCGCCGUGGACCCCUCAUUGUGUAGCGCGCUCAUACACACACACACCUAAACACAACUACUACGACUACUACUUGCACUUCCUACUCAGUGCUUCAUUACUGGAUAACGGCUGAGCAGGGAAUUCCACCACCACCACCACCACCUCCAGGUUCUUCUCCAAUGAGGCGUUAUCUGAGCACUUUUCAAAAUAUUUUUUUCCCCCCCGGUCUGUUGUUAUUUAUUACUCAUAGAUCUAACUUACCUGUGACAGUUUCAUGUUGUGACUUUAUGUAGAAGUUGCUGCUACUCCACCACCACCAGCUAAAUCAGUCAGGGGUUACUGUGAUCAAUUACAAUGUCAGGUGGGCGAUUUCAGUGCUGCUCCUCUCUAGACGAUUUCUGCUGAAUGUGAAACAAAAGCAGACAUGGACCUGAACAUUAAACGGAUGUAGGAACCCAGAAGGGUCGGAUGGGCAUCGUUUUCCUUCAUUAUGUGGGAAAUUAGCAUGCAAAUAAUCAAUUCAUUGAUAUACACUACUCCUAAAAACUAAUUGAUACAUUUUAGGAUGAAUCUAAAAUGCAAUAUAAUCUCUCAAGGUGAAUUUGGGUUGAACUGUGACAAUUUUAAUGUUUUUGUACAAUUUGCUCUUCUCUAACAAGAAGUAAUUGACCACUAAAGUCAAAUUAAAACUGGUAUUUGGACUCUUGCAAGAUGAAACCUGAUUGAAAACCUGAUGAUUUUGCCAUUCAGCUUCCUUUUGGAGAUAUUGGAGAAAAGCAAAUUAUAUCAAAUAAAAAUAUAUAGACUGAAACAUUUAACAUUUGGAUAGUGAUGAUUAUGCCCAUCCCUGGCUACAUCAAUGAACUGGAAUUAAGCCCCGCCCACCCAGCCGUAUUAGCAUGUCAGUAUUGUUGCAGUGCAACUCUUGAAGCCACCACCCAGCAAUAAUAAAAGGCUUCAUCUUCUCAUCAGUUUGCACUGAACUGCUAAAUUAGUUUUUUUUUUUUUUUGCUCUUGUAUUUUUUUAGUUAACCUCUUCUCAAUGUUGAUUUGUGUUUUUAUCCGCUGCAAAGCACUGUGUUGUUGAUUAGAAUGUGGAUUUAACUAUGAAACAUUUGUAAAGGUUUACACAUGCUCAACACUUAACUCACGUACUGUAGCUGGUUGUAAAGGGAUAUUAAUGCACUAUUAGCCGUUUCCUAGGCGACGUAACGUUGCAUGAGGCUGAAGUUGAAGCAUGAUACAUCCAGGUGGCUGGUCUCGCGUCUUUUUAGGUGUCAAGUGGCCCUCAAUUUCCCGAGCUGUCACAUGAUCGGUCACAGUCUGAAUGUGUCGUGAAUCCGAAUUGUUUGUAGGAUUGUCGGCGUGAACGUGAAACGGAAAAUAAAGUUGUUGGUUUCUUUUUUUUUUUUUUUUUUUGCAACUGACCAAUCGAGUUUGAAAGUAUUAUUGUUAUCAUUUUCAUAUUUUAGUUGUGAUGUUUCUAUUAUAGUAAUGCUGUGCCGGUUCAAGUGCAAGGUUCCCAUCAAAUGCACAGAUUCUGUUGUGCAUAAUUGAUUUCAGUGAGGAUCUAUGAUUUACAAUACAGUAAUCCACCCUGCAUUGUAAUUCCGUGUUUGCGUAAUUCCGCUUGUGGCCACAAGACGGCGACACAGUAUGUUUCAAACUAAAUUUCUAAAAACGAAUAAAACAUAAAUUGAACUUCAA